AUGCCGCCCAAGCGCGCGUGCCGGCUGGCGCUCAUGCUGGCGGCGGCGGGGUACCUCUGCUCCUCCUCCUCCUCCCCUUCCCCCUCACCGUCCGCCCCCGCGUCCUGCCCCGCCACCGUCUCCGUUCCCCGUGACCGCCUCGCCAGCACCCCGGUGGCCGUCGAGCUCCCGUGCGGGAUGGCCGUUGGCUCGCGCGUGACCGUGGUGGCCCGGCCGAGGAGGAGGGACGGGGCGGCGUCCUCGCAGUUCAUGGUGGAGCUGCUGGGCACCAAGGCCGUGCAGGGGGAGGAGCCGCCCAGGAUACUGCACUUCAACCCCAGGCUCGCCGGCGACUUCACCGGCCGCCCCGUCAUCGAGCUCAACACCUGCUACCGCAUGCAGUGGGCGCUGCCGCAGCGCUGCGAGGGCCCGCCGUCCCGGCCAGAAGACGACAGAGUUGAUGGCGAAAUCAAGUGUGAGAAAUGGACUCGGGAUGAUGGCCCCAAGACAGAUGAAUCAUCAUCAAACAUAAAGUGGCUGCUCAACAGUUUGAUCGGCAAACCGGAGCCAGACGAGGUCUCUGUCGAUCAGGCAUACCCCUUUGCAGAGGGCAAGCUCUUUGUCCUAACCAUCACAGCUGGUCUUGAAGGCUACCAUGUCAAUGUCGAUGGCCGACAUGUCGCAUCCUUCCCUUACCGCACUGGUUACAAUCUCGAGGACGCGACCGGCCUGUCGUUGAACGGGGACCUUGACAUCGAGUCGAUUUCUGCCGCCCAUCUGCCCAAAUCACACCCUAGCUUCGACCCACAGCGAUACCUCGAAAUGUCUGAACAGUGGAAGACCUCACCUCUGCCGACUGAACCUGUCGAGCUGUUCAUUGGCAUCCUUUCUGCAGCCAACCAUUUCGCCGAGCGGAUGGCCGUUCGCAAGUCAUGGAUGAUUGCCACAAGGAGAUCGUCCAACAGUGUUGCCCGGUUCUUCGUCGCUCUGAAUGGGAAAAAAGAGGUCAACGAAGAACUGAAAAAGGAGGCAGAGUUCUUUGGUGACAUUGUUCUGGUCCCUUUCAUGGAUAGCUAUGACCUUGUUGUUUUAAAGACUAUUGCCAUUGCUGAGUAUGGGGUGCGAGUUGUGCAAGCGAAAUACGUAAUGAAGUGUGACGACGACACAUUUGUUAGAAUUGACGCGGUGUUGGAUCAAGUGAAGAAAGUAAAGAACGGGGGGAGCAUGUAUGUGGGGAACAUAAACUACUACCACAGGCCUCUGCGAUCUGGAAAGUGGGCUGUAACGUAUGAGGAAUGGGAAGAGGAAGUAUACCCACCUUACGCAAACGGACCGGGCUAUGUGAUUUCAUCAGACAUCGCUGAGUACAUCGUAUCCGAGUUUGACAACCAGAAACUGAGACUGUUCAAGAUGGAGGACGUGAGCAUGGGCAUGUGGGUUCAGAAGUUCAGUAAGACUCGCCAGCCGGUGGAGUAUUCGCACGACGUCAAGUUCUUCCAGGCCGGCUGCUUCGACGGCUACUACACGGCGCACUACCAGUCGCCGCAGCACAUGAUCUGCCUCUGGAGGAAGCUGCAGUCCGGGAGCGCUCAAUGCUGCAACGCCAGAUGA